GACCUACGAAAAAAUACAAUUAAUACCUUAAAUACUAAAAUUGAAACUAUUUUCAGAGUUUUAAGCUACAAAACAUUGCUCUUUCUCUUCAAAAACUAUUCGAAAAUUAAAAAUAACCUUAUUAAUUGACAAUGGAGUCGGCGCAUGAGAAAGUGGACAUAAAGACUGAGCCCCCAGGCGGCAAUGUGCACGUAAAAGACGAGCCGUUGUGCUCUAAUGCCCUUAGAGAGGCCGAGUUGUGUUCUAAUGCCCUUAGAAAGGCCGAAUCUACAUCUGAUGAUAUUGAAGUCGAGCUCAAUCCCUCAUUGCCUGAGUCUAAAUAUGUAAAUAUAGACUCAAAUGUGAAGAUCGAGCCCUCGGAUGCGUGUGUGAAGGAGGAAUAUUGCUCAGAUGAUAGUAUGGAUUGUUGUGGUGGCAGUAUUGUGACGGAUAAGCCAUACUUGGGUAUGAGCGUAAAGCCCUCAAGCUCAAGUGAUAUAAAGGAUUGUGGGGAACUGACGCAGCUGUAUACGGGUCAUGUGGUCAAGGAUGAGGUGGUGCUUGGCCCCGAGAUAGUGGAGCAGCGAAACUCUGCUUCUAAAGUUUCCGAUUUAGCGAUAGGAGUGAAGCAGUCAUGUGAGAUUGUCCCCGGGAGACCAUUGCUGAGGGACUGCUGUGUGAGGCUGGAGCGUCUUGCUGUGGACACGCUGCUCACUCGGAGCACAGACCGGGACAGCCUGAGAAAGGCUCAUGGAGCUGGUGAAGAGAGUGAACUUAGGAACACAGUUGGGAAUGUCAAAGGACAAGGACCCACUCCAGAGAAGACACCAACAAGUAGACUCGAAACUUAUCGAUGUGCUCACUGUAAAUAUGUAACAGCUACAAAACUAAGCUUAAUUAGACAUUUGAUGAAACAUAAUAGUGAAAAGGCAUACAAUUGUUACCAAUGUAGCUUUUCUUGCAGCUACAAGAGCCUUAUGCAAGUUCAUGUAAGGAUACACACUGGUGAAAAGCCUUACACAUGUGAACAAUGUAGUUAUGCCAGUGCCCGCGAAAGUGAUUUGCGGCUUCAUUUAGAGACUCAUUCUAAUGAGAAACUUUACCAGUGUAACCAGUGUAAUUAUGCUAGCAAUCGAUUACAUCUUUUUAAACUUCAUGUAAUUCAACACACUGGUGAAAUCCCUUACAAAUGUGACCAGUGCACUUAUGCUAGUACGAGCAAAACUUUUUUGGAAAAACAUAAAAUGGUACACCAUAGUACAAACUAUGAUUUUGCUAAUACAAAACGUUAUAAAUGUGGUCACUGUAGUUAUUCAACUAACCACAAGUCUGAAUUGCAUGGUCAUGUUAGGUUACACACAGGUGAAAAGCCCUACAAAUGUGAUCAAUGUAGUUAUGCUACUGUCAAAAAUAGUUAUUUAAAUAUUCAUAAAAAAGCACACUCGGAUGUAAAACGUUAUAAAUGUGAUCACUGUAGUUAUGCUACCAACCAAACAAAUCAUUUAAAAACUCAUAUAAGGACACACACUGGUGAGAAAUGCCACAAAUGUGAUCAAUGUAGUUAUGCUACUGUCAAAAAAAGUAAUUUAAAUUUUCAUAAAAUGAUACACACUAAUACAAAACUUUAUAAAUGUGACCAGUGCAGUUAUGCUACCAGUCGAAAAAAUCAUUUAAUAGCUCAUAUAAGGACACACACUGGUGAAAAACCUUACAAGUGUGAACAAUGUACUUAUGCUUCCUCGUACAAAAGAGGUUUACUAAUUCAUAAAAGCACACACACGAAUGCUGCUUUAUACAAUGAUAAUUCGCGAGUUCAUGUUAGCAAACAUACUAAUGAAAAACCUUACAGGUGUGAAUACUGUGGUUAUACUUGCAAUCUAAAAUGUUUUUUGGAAGAUCAUGUAAAGACGCACGCUAGUGAAAAGUCUUAUAAAUGCGACCAAUGCAGUUUUGUUUUUCAGUACAAAACAUCUUUACUAAUCCAUAAAAGCAAGCACGCUAAGGAGAUACAAGAGUGACGUUACAAUAAAUUGUUAUUUACCAGAUCUAGAAAACACAACAAAGGUAAA